GUGGAAAUGUUUCCGAUACUGCAUCUGCUGUGUGUUCUGCUGCUCCACGUGACAGGUACCUUGGCUGAUGCUGAGCCUGUCCUCAAACAGAGUCUAUUUUCCGACCCAGUCUCUGUUGGCCAGACCGCCCAGUUGAAGUGUGUGCUGCAGGAUGAUAAUGUGGAUACCUACGAUGUGAGGUGGUACCGACAGAGUCUCGGAGAAACCCCAGUGUUUGUUAUCCAGCAUAAGAUCAAUGGUGAAAUACACAGAGGCACCGGCUUCACUGACCGUUUCCAACCUUCACGAGACUCUCCUAACAACAGUUACAUUCUAACCAUCGGAAACGUGGUCUCUGGUGACUCUGCCGUCUAUUACUGUGAAGUGUGGGGUUACAUCUUUGGAGGUGGAACUGCCCUGAUCGUCCGGAGUAGUGAUGAUCAGAAACCAUCUGUCCUGCUGCUCCCUCCUUCGCCAGAACAAAUAGACACAGGAUCAGCCACCAUUUCCUGUCUGGUGAAUCGCUUUAAGCCAGGUUUUGUGCAGGUCCUCUGGAGCGUGGAUGGAAAAGAGACAGACAGUGGGGUGGCCACGAGCCCUGUGUCCCGGGACAGUGAUCAAAGCUACAGUCUGAGCAGUUACCUGACAGUCCCGGCCACUGAAUGGAAGAAAGGCUCCAGAUAUUCCUGCAGUGUGAGGCACGGUUCACUGAACUCACCUCUCCUCAACACCAUCAGCUCCAACGAAUGUUAG